GGGACUGAGAGGAAGACACUAAGACUGAAACUCAGAUUAGUAUUAAUAAUUUCAGGCUGAUUCUGUGAGUUUAGCGCGGAUUAUUUGUAGAUUUACUGUUUCUACGGUCUGGAUUUCAGUGAUACGGAUUCUGACUGGAGAAAUAUUUCCUGUAUUUUUCUGCUUCUCCUCCUCGCCAAGAUAGAGCACCUCCUGGAGGAGUGGAACAGCGUGAGAGCGUACGAUGUUCGGCCGGAAGAAUAAACGAGCCGCGGCUCAGAAAGGCCAGGGAGCUGCUGCUGCUAAACAGAUGGGGCUGUUCCUGGACUUUAAUCCGGAGGAUAUGAUGGAGAUGGGUCAGGACGUGGAUGAUCCAGACCUGGAGGCGGAGUUUGCUGCCAUCGUUGGGAAGAAACCUGCUGCUAAAGGAAAAAAGCCUACAAAAGCCCCGUUACCGAUGGAGGACAUUGAAAAGAUGACGGAGGCGUGCAUGAAAGAUAUCGAUGAUGAAGAUGAUGAUGAGAACGUGGAGGAUGACGAAGAUCUCCUGGCGGAGCUGCAGGAAGUGGUGGGUGACGAGGAGGAAACGGAGGAUUCGGGGGCAGAAACUCAGCCCUCACCAAGCCACGAAGAAACACGCUCACCUCCACCUGCAGUUCAGGAAGUGAGGUCGUCCGCGGCGGUGGCCGGUAGUGUGGAGCACACUCUGCAAGAGAGGAUCACCAUGUACCGAACCGCCGUAGGCCACGCCCACGCCGCCGCCGAGUCCUCUAAAGCCCGCAGAUACGAGCGGGGGCUGAAGACGCUGCAGGGCAUGUUGACGACGGUGCGUAAAGGAGGGAAAAUUAACGAAUCAGAGAUUCCUCCUCCGGUUGCGUGCGGCGCCCCUAGUGACCUGGCUCCGCCCCCAGCUCCGCUCCCGGCUCCUGCCGCAGGUACGCCCUCACCUGAGCUGGAGUCACCUGACCGGCAGGCGGAGUCCGACAGCGCCGUGGAGAUCUCCCCCGUUUCCGUUAAAGCGUCUUCCGUUUCCGCCGAGACCUCCUCCGUAUCCAUGGAGCCCGCAGCCACCAGCGAAGAAGAAGCCUCUUGCUCCGCCUCCCCGGAGGAGGAGGAGCCUAAAGGUGCUGUUCCAGAAUCCCACACAGCUCCAGCGGAGGCUCCUCCCCUGGGAACGCCCACGAAGGAGAUGCUGCUGGACAGACAGAGGGAGUACAGGAUGGCGGCUCUGAAGGCCAAACAAGCUGGAGAGAUAGAUCAGGCCAAGAUGCACAUCAAAACUAGCAAGGGUUUUGACGCCGUAAUCGAGGCUCUGGAGAAAGGUCAACCCAUCGACCUGAACAGCCUUCCUCCCCGACUAUCAACAGCUGUUACUGUAGUGAAAGAAGCUCCGGCUGUGCCAACCGUAAAAGUGUCUCCAUCGCCAUCCACUGAAGGGCAAGCAGCUGAGGCUCCUGUUAGCCAGGCUGGUCCAGUUCAGCCCAGAUCGGUACUGGAAGCGCUGGAGCAGAGGAUGGCCAAGUAUAAGGAAGCCUGUGCUCAGGCUAAAGCCAGCGGAGACGAGCGCAAAUCCCGCAUGCACGACCGCAUCGCCAAGCAAUACCAGAGUGCCAUUCGCUCCCAUAAAGCAGGACGACCUGUAAACUAUGACGAGCUGCCGGUGCCACCAGGUUUUCCUCCAAUCCCAGGCCAGCAGGCAGCUGCACCUGAGCAGGGAUUGGCUGCAGUGUUGGAAGCAGCCAAUAAGCUGGCUUCAAAUGAAGCAGACGCUGGAGAUGAGGAUGAUGAUGAUGAGAAUGAGGCUGUGGAGAAAGAAAAGAAGGAGAGCAAACAGAUUAAAGCUACAGCAGCAGAAAGCCAGAAGAAGCCGACGGUGGCAGUCUCUCCUACAGUUCAGCCUCCUAAGAGAACCCCCUCAGCAUCUCCAGACCAAACAGCCAAGAGCGAGACUCUCUCAAACACAGCCAGUCAGCAGCUGGAGUUUCUGGAGGGUCGUAAGAAGCAGUACAUGAAGGCGGCGCUUCAGGCGAAGCAGAAGAACGACGUGGAGCAGGCCAAGCUCCACCUCCGCACCGCCAAGAGCUUCGACCCCAUGAUCGAAGCGGCACGCAGCGGCAAAGCUGUGGACAUCAGCAAGGUCCCCUCUCCUCCCGGUGAGGAGGAUGAUGAUUUUAUUCUGGUUGAUCACAGUGAUGUUCAGAUCUCAGAGAAGUCUGAGGAGGUUUAUACUCAGCUCAGUAAGAUCCUGAAGGAGCAGCAUGAGAAAUGUAUGACCAUCUCCAAGCAGUUCACUCACAUGGGGAACAUCACAGAAACCACCAAAUUUGAGAAGAUGGCGGAUAGAUGUAAGAAGAGUCUGGAGAUUCUGAAACUGGCUCAGAACCGCGGCCUAGAACCACCUAAACACCACUUCGAGGAGAGAACCUACCGCACCGUCAGAAUAUUUCCGGAGCUCAGCAGCACCGAUAUGGUAGUGAUAAUCGUACGAGGCAUGAACCUUCCUGCUCCUUCAGGUGUUGCAUCCAAUGACCUGGAUGCUUUUGUGAAGUUUGAUUUUCCGUAUCCCAGUUCAGAUCAGCCUCAGAAACACAAAACUACAGUCAUCAAAAACACCAACAGCCCAGAAUAUAACCAGAGCUUCACUCUGAACAUUAACCGGAAUCACCGCGGCUUCAGGAGAGUCGUUCAGUCUAAAGGCCUGAAACUGGAGCUCUUCCACAAAGGUGGUUUCCUGAGGAGUGAUAAGCCAAUAGGAACAGCUCUUGUUAAGCUGGAGAAGUUGGAGACUGAGAGUGAAGUGCGGGAGAUAGUGGAGGUGAUGGACGGACGGAAGGCCAGCGGUGGACGUUUGGAGGUGAAGGUUCGUCUCAGAGAGCCUCUGAGUGGACAGGACCUGCAGACUGUAUCAGAACGCUGGCUAGUACUGGACCAAUCACAGGCUGUUCUUUAACCAACACUCUCACUGUGGGAAAUAAAAAGAGAGACAGUGAGGUCAACCCCUUUGGCCACUCUGGGUGUGAUGUGAUUGGACGUUGGGCGUGCUCCGGCGUGCUGCUAUUCUGUAGGUUAUGGAUGAACGAUGGGAGAAAUCAUCUAAAGUUCUUCCACAAACGGCAAAAAGACACGAGGGUUUGAUCUCAUGAUAAAACAGAGACUAUAGAGUUAUAUCGGGAUAAUGAAGGCUGAAUUACUGCACCGCCAAAAACACAGGGUUUAACGAGAUAAUCCACCAGUUUAUACAAUUUUCUGCGUAAUUCAGGAUUCAAGAUAAGUUAACUUUCACGUGAUUCACAUCAUAGAAUACUAAUAAUGAUGGUGACCAGCGUCUUCUGGCUAGAAUUGUCCGUGUGUCCAGAUUAGCGACUUUAGCAGAAAUCCAGAAACGCUUCUACGUUCAAUUUCUAAAGACUCUGUCCACAUGUCCCACAGGUCAGUGUAGCAUUCUUUAGCUUAUAUGGGACACGCCAGAUGUCAUGGGACAUGCCAAAAGUCAUGGGACACAACACAAAGACGAUAGUUAGUGGGAUUGCGCAACCACAAAGUAAUUUGUUGUAAUAAUUUUCUUAUAUUAUAUUGUACUAAGUGAUUCACCAGUACAUAUCUUGGGUCAUGCUGCUUGCUAGAGCAUCAGCAGCCGGAGUCUGAGAGAGGGAUAAUAUAAUAGGUUAUGUUGCGUGAUGAUUGGCUGCAGUUGGAAAAAAAGAGGCGGAGCCUGAAUGUACACAUAUCGAAGGAGGAGUGCACUUAUUCUGGGAGUUCAUAUAAACAGGGAUUGAGUAAAAAAAUGGGAUAAAAUUGGAAAUAUUAAUUCUUAAUCUUAAUUACGCAGAUUUUUGUUUUUUAAUCGGUGGAUUUUUCUCUUUUUAGUUUGAGUUAAUGAGCAGGACUGGGGGAAACAGCGUACGACACACCUUUUAAAUGAUUCAAUUGGUUAAAUUGGUUUGAUUUUCACUUUAAAUUUUAGAUUUUAAGCGAAUGAUAUUAAUAUAAAUAUAAAUAAGCUGUCCUGGCUGUGAGUUCAGGCUACGCUAGGCUAAAUAUAUCUAAUAUAUUUGUGUUUUUGCUGCUCUGGGAUGCACCUAUGCACUAAUACCAAAGUGAUCACUGUUGCUGUAGUUCGAGUACUAAACCUGCUCCUGUGUUGAAGCACACGCUGCUGCCAUGUUCCUACCAUUAUGUGGAAUUAAUUUAUUAAUUGAUUGAUUGAUUGAUUGAUUGAUUGAUUGAUUUAUCUAUGCAAAAAAAAAGAUAAAAGCAAAAGAUUGCAUCGAAUUCCAAAAGGUUUUGUACGAAGCUGCAACACUCGUUUAUAUAUUAAAGCAAAGAAAAGAAAUAUAAAAUAAAUGAACUGCACGGAUAGACACGGGUUACCCUGAAACACCCCCUCCCCCAAUCAUAACCCAUAAUUCAUAACCCAGUGCACACAGUCCAGCCAGAACAUUAUGACCACUUCCUUUUUCUGUUUCUACCAUCACUGUCCGCCUUAUAGACUCCACUCAUCAUGUGUAUGGCUCUUUUUAGUUGUAUUAUAAUUACAAACUGAGGGCUUAAAAACUGUUUAAAAACUCAAGCAGCACUGCUGUUUAUCACUAGUGAUAAGAGGUAACAGCAAGAGAUGCCUCUCAUUUCAAUGUCAAUCGAUACAAUAUAAUUGCAAUAUUAAAAAAAAAAACACAUUUCUAUUAAAAUUAUGGAGGUAUGACUUUUUUUUUAUCAUAUUGCCCAACGCUAGCUAAAGUAUUGAUUUCAGAGGAUUUUAAAAAAGACUUCAAUUUGACUCCAAAUUAUGAAACUAUUUCAGUAAUUUGGAGUCAGAUAAUUUUACACUUUUAUUAAAAAAAGAAAUUCAAGAAAUUUCCAACCAAAAUGUUUCCAACUUUUUUCUACCAUUGUUAGCAUCGUCCAGAUUAGCAUUGCUAGCUAGCAAUACCAUUUAAUAACUAGAGGUGUGCCAAAAAAUCGAUUCACAUAAGAAUCUUGAUUCUCAUUUACUACGAUUCAGAAUCGAUUUAAAAUGUCCCAAAAUCGAUUCUGAGGGGCGGGUUUUAGACUGAUUUUGGGCUGGGUAUUUUUGUUGGACCUGGCAACCCUGGGGAUAGGGCUUGUCCCUUCAAACGGAGAUCUUCCAGACACACACAGAGCGUAGGUGUAUGAGAAUCACCGGUAAGAUGGCAGAACAAGCACUAUAUUACAUUAGAUUAACGUGUAGUUUCAAUGUUUUAUGGCAGAAUGCUUCAUAACAAGCAUAAAAAAGAUCGCUAGUAGUUAGUUUCAGUAACUGUUAGCUAGCUAACUAGCUAACUUUCCAGUUCCACCUUAAAUAACGCUACAGGUGGCAGCGGGCUGCAGCAUUUAAGGCGGAACGGAAAAAUAACAAUAAGCUAAUCAGAGCUAAUUUCAGCUCCUCAUCACAGAGGAAUUAAGGAAUGGACCAUAUGAAUUAAUUUCUCCACCUCCUGCCCCCUUUCUGAAGAAAUACAACGACCUUAAAUUAACUAGUUAAUCAGCAGCUGCUCCUGAACUUUAGCGCUCCACUGCUAUCAUCACAUCAGCCCAGCAGCGUCACCUACACACCACCGCUAGUAGCCUGGUAAUAAAGCAGUGUUAUUUAUUAUUUAUUUAUUGUUCAUUAACGUCAUUGUGAUAUCCCAGUGAUUCCUCUGUCACUGAGGACCCACAUUCCUGCACAUUUUAUUGUUUUUGUAACACAUUACCUGCUCCAGGACCAGUGUAUAUUAUGGAGGGUUUUUUUUCAAUAAGAUUCAUAAGCCAGAAGCAGAAAUUUUUAUAAUUCAAAUCGUUUUGAAUCAAAAAUCGAUUUUGAAUCGAAUCGUGGCCCCCAAAAUCGGAAUCGAAUCGAAUCGUGAGAUAGUAAACGAUUCCCACCCCUAUUAAUAACAAUGCAUUCUGCAGAAAUCCUGACUUCAUGCACCAGUUUUAGUGGAAUUGAGGAUACGUCAAUCGAUAUCUGCACCAUUUGUUUCCCUC